CGCUGCUCGGCGCCGUUCAGCUUGAUCUUACUCCAUCAGGUGCCGCGUAAUAUCUCGCACGCGGCUUCAAGUUGGUUCUUAGCAUCAUCUCAUCGCGACUAUCACCGGUGACUGUGUGGCACCUCUGCUCAGAAUAUCUGCCACGACUGCAACAUGGCUAGCGUUGCCAGUCGCCAACAGGACGUUGGCCUGACCAAGCCGGCAACUGCCAAGACCAGCACGACCAACACCGGCAAAGCUGGUCCCAAGGCUCCUGUCCAGCCGCGCCAGGAAAUGGCUGAUCCACGCACAUGCAAUCCCCGGCUCUUCCCAGGCAUGCUGGCAUUGGCCCUUUGCGCACGCAGCAAUCAACACUCUGCUCAGGCCAUUGCAGAAGGACGCGCCCGCGAAGCCAACUCACGCAUCGUCAACUGGAUGACGGCCGAAUGGCUCCCCAGCACGAACAAAAACUUUGAGCUUUUGACUGGCCGCGUUGGUGACUGCACCUACUACUUUUUCUCUCGCACAGCGCGUGUUGUCUGUGAAGAUCUUUACGGUGGCUUUGUGGCCAUUUACGCCCCCAGUACCACUGCUGACAGCAACACCCAACCCUCAUCUCGUGCCUCGAAAGACCUCCUGUGCAUUGCCGCUCUUCACAAGGAUGAGGCCAUUUAUGCCUGGGAUCUUGCAAGCUUGCUGACACAAGGAUCCUACUUUUUGACCUUUGGUUUGUCUAUCGGCUUACCUGCCAGCGUUAUCGUGCCCUACCGCCAGCGCCUCGAGCAGCUCUUGGCUUUUCCCGAGCUCUCGCAGGGGCAGCUGCCCAACAUGGCCACCCUUUCAGAGCACCUUUCGCAAAUCACCUUUGAGGCCGGGUGCAAGCUUCACGAUAUCCUAAAGCAUAUGGUCGCGGCCUGGUCUGGUCCUGGGCCCUUGGCUGCUGAUCCUUUGCUCAGUGCUGCUGGUCAGGAAACCCUCUUUGCACGGGGCGAUGCCUUUGAGCGCCAGUCAAAUCAGCCCGUGGCUCCAUUGGAAGUGGACCGGGCAGAUCUUUCGCCUGACCUCGUGCGUGCCGUUGACACGUACAACCUUUGCGUUGCCGUGUCUAAUAAAAUUGACAACGGCCAAGAAGCACCAUCGCGCGAAGUCAAGUGGGCUGACUUGGACGAUGCCCUGAAGGAGCUGGUUGAGCACGUCAUUUUGUGUGGCCUGAGCUAUGUCUCUCAUCUAAAGAUGCCACACUCCCUCGAUACCCAACAGAACAGCUCCAUUUUUACUCGCAACUGCAUUGCUCAGACCAUUGUACGCACCUCGGGUGUAAUGCAGCCACCUGCCCGCAGUCCCGGUUUGGAUAGCGUGCUGGCUGAUAAGCGUCCUUUUGAGGAUCUGGUUCUGCACGCUGAUCUUGACAAUGAACACACCAUCAUGCCCGACGCCCUGCGCGAGUACAUGCAAAGCGCCACGAUUGAUAACAUGAUGACACAGAUUCAAAACGCCAUUGAUACUUUCACCGAGCGCAAGUCAGCCAAACUUCUGGCUGAUGCGUAGUCCUUUCUUUCGUCUGGUCUCAUUCAAGCACGAAAUAAUUAGAAAUGGCUUGGCCUGGGCGUUGCUUGUUGGCAUGCCUUUGAGGUGUACGCCGGAUCCCCUUCAUGCUCACGCUGAUGCCAGCCAUGCCUGCCCCGACGUGUGAUCGCCUUCCAACUGGCUUAUCAGCUUUCAGCGCAUUUAUUUUCUUGGGUCGUGUCAAAUUGGCAUCUCUUCUCCAUUGCUGAGCAGGGUUAAUUGAAAGAUGCAAUU